AUGCCCCUUGUCCCUGCCGGUGCGGGCUGCACAGGGGUGGCGGUGGCCAUGGCAAGAGAGCGGGCCAUGGCCGCUGCAGCUCAUUCUCUUGCUGCCACUGCCACCGUGCCCCUUGUCCCUGCCGGUGCGGGCUGUGUGGGGGCAGCAGCAGCAGGGAGUGCACCCCAUGCCCAGGGACACACUGCACCACCUGGAGAGAGGGCACCCCAGGGAGCACCCCCCCCCCUGCCAGCCAGAAAAUAUACACAGUUGUUCAAAGAAGGGGUGAACUUAACAAAAUCUCUCAUUGCACAGAGUAACCUGUUUGCUUCAGUGGAGAAAGAGGUUCCAGAGAGCAUAUCUCAAACCUUGACAUCUCUUCUGGUCCUCCGACUAGAUAGGAAGAGAAUCAGCUUCAUCCCAAACCUGCAAGGUUUAGAACAGAUCCGCAGCAUCCACCUGCAAUCGAACCAAAUAGGAAAAAAUGAAAAUCUGAGCUGCUUUCCCAACUUGAAAUUCCUUCCGCUAGCUGGGAACCGCAUCAGCAGAGUGGAGAACCUCCGGACCCUCCCAAAGUUGCAGCUUCUUGACCUUUCACACAACCACAUCGAGUCUCUGAACACAGAUGUGCUGCCCCAGAGCCUUCUGGUUCUUGAGCUGACAGGCAAUAAAUGUACCAAACAGAACAGCUACAGGGAAUCUGUUUUGGCAGCCCUGCCCCACCUCAUAGAACCAGAUGCCCAGCAUGUUCCCAGGACAAGUAUCCAGUGCAUUGUCGAUGACUCUGGCCUCAAGGUCACUGUGAAGCACCUGCUUGUCACCAGAAAGGAGCCUGCUGAAUCAACAGCCUAA